AUGUCAAUUAGUAAAGUGUGUAGAGAGCUUACUACUUUUUGGAGGCUUUUCCCCGAUGGAUUGAAAGAUUCUGGAGAAUAUAAAAUUAAUACUGGAUCGUUCAAGAAAUACUGCCCUGAACAAAAAUGCAAUAGCGAUAUUGAAAAGAUUAAUGCUGGAUGUUUACGGUUAAUUUAUGAUUUUUUCAUUAAAUCUGGUUUUUCAGCUGACCCCGAUACUCUUAAGAAUGAUGCAGUAUGCAUUAUAAUAUGGUUAGGUUAUAUUUUAAGCCUAAAGCCACCUAAUGACAUCAACACAAUAAACGAUUUUUAUUAUAGUCAUAUAGAAAAUAACGAAGAGUACUCUAACCAUAAAAAUGUUGAUACAACAUAUACCGAUUAUAAGAAGAUCAUAGACGAAACAAAGGAAUAUAUGGAUAUUAAUAUUAGUAAUAUGUCUAAAUUUUAUCAAUUACUUAAAUUGUUAUGUAAUAUGUAUACUGCUUAUGCGGCAGGUAAAAGUACCGAUGUUUCACAAUAUGCUAAUAAUUUUUUUGAUGAAUAUAAAAAACUUUUUGAUGAUGAUAAUAAUAAUAACGGGAAUUCAUACAAUAAAAUAUUAAAUGUUUUAUCCAAUUAUUAUAAUAAUAUUGAAACAGGUAUUCGCUUUAAUAAUACACCAAUAACUCGUCCUAAAUUACCAACAGAAAAAGCACCCAAAAAGGAUAAUGUAGAAGGUAUUAAAGUAACUAAAGAAACUGAAACAUCGGGUGAAACAGAUAAAUUAGAUACUGAAACGCCAACCCCAAGUUCUAACAUUACAUUAUCAGAAUCACCACUAGUAAAUAAAUUAGUUAUAGUUUUACCGAUAUUAGCUGCAAUACCAUUUUUUUUGGGAAUUGCUUACAAGUAUUCGUUAUUUGGAUUUCGGAAGCGAUCUAAAAAACAUUUAAGAGAAAAACUAAACAAAUAA